UGUCGUGUCCACCUUCCAGACUCCCAUUUCUGGUGCUGGUAGAUCAAUCAGUUAUUGAUUCUUUCACACAGACAAAGUGAAUAAUUAUUUGACUCUUCCAACGAGAAUUUUUUCUCUUAUAAACCUGUAAGCGAUAAUACUUUUUCAUCGCUAAUGAUAAGUAAAUUAUAAAAAUUCGUGUGAUAUCCAGACAAGAGAUACUUCUGUAAUAGUAAAAUUUUACAGUAACAUUUUCAGAAACAAGAAAGAAUAAGUACUUUAAUACCCUGUGUUUUAGUUUUAGUAAUGGAUAUCAUGAAUUAUAUACUUUCAAAGUUUUACCCUGUUUAUGAAUUGAUUAAAUUAUACGUUAUAACACAUGUAGUGCGAAAUUAGAAGACUGUGAAUUAGUUACGUUCACGGAGGUCAUGGACGAGUGGUUGUAAUAUAUGAGUUCCAUUUGUCAUCAAAUAAGUGUCAGCGUCAAUUGUGUUUUGCUUUCGUGUUCUGUAUUACAGUGUUCAAUCCAUGUUAAUAGCUCCACGUGUAGUGGGACCUUCAAGAAGUUCGUAAUAUUAGAUCUUGUGUAACAUUUAAUUCUGUGGUGUUUUACAUAUGCGACGUGCAAUGUGUGGUGUGCCAAAAUUAAAAAUGUUGUAGAUGUAAGUGAAUCGGUGUUUCUUCCAGCUACUAAUCGUGUUGUCUCUCUUUAUAUUAUCGUCUUUUGUGUAGAAAUGUGCGAACACCAAGAGGUUUUUAUGUUUUUCUUGUUGGUGUAGGUUAUUUUUUUAAGCAAAGGCGUUUGUCGAUGUGAGAAAUAUCAAACUAAAACGUCACAAUGCACCGGAGAAAUCAGCGCUGCCAUUAUCAUCAUCAUCAUCAUCAUCAUCAUUAUCACCGCCAGAUGGUGGUAGCACUCAUCUGUACCAGCAUCCUGGCAGUCCAGGGUGAUUUCAUUAAUCACCAUAGAUUGAAAAGUCGCCAUUACCUCGACGAUUAUAGCGGAACAGCUGGCAACGCGGAUAACUGGGGGUCAAAGUUGAAAGACGCAGCCUCGUCUCGGAAGCCGAAUGCCAAUGUCAUCUUCCCUGCUGGCCCAAUGAAAAUGUCUCCGGCGCAGAAUAUUUUUCUGUCUGAGAACUGCACCACGGUGUUGGCGCAAAUUGGCAGCACACCCAUACUCCAUUGCGAGGUGGCGGACAUCGGCGAAGGAACGGUAUCCUGGAUACGAAGGAAGGACUAUCACUUGCUGACCGUUGGGUUGGCCACGUACAGCAGCGAUGACCGCUUUUUUGCUGCCCAUGUCCACAGUCCACAGGACUGGGCCCUCCACGUCCGACAUGCCAGAGCUCGAGACGGUGGGCUCUACGAGUGCCAGGUCUCAACACAUCCCCCCUCCAGCCUGUUCGUCGAGCUCCAAUUGGUCGAGGCAAGAGCGGAGAUUCCAGGCGCACCGGACAAAUUUGUGAAGUCCGGAAGCUCGCUACGACUCACUUGCCUCUUCAAGAAAAGCACCGAGCAGCCUGUUUACGUGUUCUGGUACCACGAGACACGGAUGAUUAACUAUGACCUGGGUCGUGGUAUUCAAGUCCGGCACGGACGCUAUUUCAGUGAACUGGUCUUGGAGCAGGCGCAAAAGCACGAUUCUGGCAACUACUCGUGCGUGCCGUCAAACGCUCAUCCGGCCAGCAUCAGUGUUCAUAUACUAAACGGGGAAAAGCCAGCUGCGAUGCAUGGAAGCAAGAGCCAGUCGGUGCGAGCCAACUUGCCUUGGAGCUACAGCUUCAUGGCAGCGCUUUGCGUCUCUCUGCUGUCAAGCCAGUCAUGCUUCUGGUGCCGCGACGACAGAUGACACUAGUUGCAGGUCACCUCAAUACACUUUAUUUCUAAAAGGGCAUAUAUGAAAAUACCUCGAUGCGAUGCAUAUCACGGUUAACGGUGGCAUGGGAGAAUGUCAGAGAAAAUUACGUUGAUCAUAUGCAGAUUGUGGCGAUAAUUAGCUGACAUAUUAUUAUAUUAAAGUAUAAGUGUCAGAAGAAAGAGAUGUGUUGUUUUUUUAGGUGUGUUUUAAGCGAAAACUCUAAAUGAAAAUUCGGAUAUAUUUAAUAACUGUUUUGUGGAAAGGUGGAAAUAAAAGAAUAACACUUUGAAUUUGAUGGUUCUUUCAGGCGAAGGGAAAUACAGGUUAUUGGUGAGGAGAUAAAAUUAAGUAGGACAUUUUUGCAAGUUGCAAGUUAAACUAGAAUAAUGGCAAAGUUCUUACGUACGAGAGCAUUAUAGGAUAUUUUUGCAAGAGUGUUACAACUGGACUGUGUUUAAACACGUUAAUGAUUUGUUUCCAGCCAUCACAGAAUAUAAGUAUAUACUUUACAUGCAUAAUUUCCGACUGAAAUUAAAAAAAAAAACUUAAUAUUACAGUGACACAGCAUUGCUUCGCCUGAAUCCAUUUCAAUUCGAUAUAAUUAUAUUUUGUUAAAAGCUUUGUUUUUUGUGAAAAAUAGACGUAAUACACAUGCAAGAACAUAAAAGAUUUCAGAAGCUCUUGAAUUUACCACUCUUCAGUGUCAAAGGACAGAACGAAAAUUCCUUUUGCUGAUAGAAUUUUUCACGCAAUAUUACGUCGAAUAUUACUAUAGAAUUUUGUGGAAUGAGACUAAUAAUUAUAUUAAAUUAAACUAAGAACGUCAAGUAGUCAUUUGAAGAUGGCUGUCUUCUGGGUUGUAGCACCGUGUAGUUUGGUAGAAUUUUGCUAGCGUUUCAGAGGCAGCCGGGUGAUAGUAGCCCUAAUUAUGGAGGCAGUAAGUGUCUGAAACGUCUCAAACGUCUGCCAAACUAUACGGCGCAACAACCCAGAAGACAGAAAACUUCAUAUUCACCGCCGUGAAAACCUGAAAUCCUACUUAGUUGCGAAAAACUGUCUUGUCUCUGCUUUACGAACGAAAAUGUGGUACCUGUUCUAUAUAACGUUAAGACACGUGAAAGGAUUCCAAAAUGAAGUUGUUGUAAAUUGCUAAAUAAGUGAUACAUAAGAAAGAAAAUCAGAAUAAAGUUGUAAAAUUUAGGAGACCUGAAACACGUGAGAGAGAGGCAUAAUAAAAUAGAAAGUUAUUAAAGAUAUGGACACAGAAAACAGACUAAAAAUAUAAUUCUAACCAAAACAUUUUGUGGCUUGUGUGAUUUUAUCAUCUUAAUAUGUCACGAUAAUACUAUAAACAGGACGACAAAACUGCUACAACUUUUGGUACGGUAUCUAGACUGCAUGCCGUUCCAUCAAUGAUGCAAAAUAUUUAUAUUUCAAUAAAUUGGUCUAAAAACAGCGCUUGCAUGACGUUUUGUGAUCCAAAUUGAGGUUAAUCCAAUACUCGUAUGAAAUUUAACUUACCCCACGAGUGUAAUACAUAUUUUAUGUCGUUACGUAUUUUGUUCAAGAGACCAAUUUAUUACGAGCAUGUUUCAACUCCUAGAAUAAUAAAAGUAAUAAUUAUUCAAUAUGAAAGUCACAGAAAUAAAAAAAACAUUGCAUGGCUGUGCUGUGGUAUAUGGGACUGUUAUUGGUGCAGAUAUCUGCGUAUGUAAUGGAAUGAACUAAUCUGUAUACGAUGAGUUUUAAUCGGAAGAAAGUUUGAGUUGUUGGUUUUAAGAUACUUGUCAAUCCUCGGACAUCCUCUUGGGAUAAAGAAAUUAUAAACUGGUGAAUAUAAGAUGCUAGAAAUUUAUAUUAAUCUCCGCUCAUCUGCAAGAAACGUCUAAUGGUAUAUUGUGUUCCAUUGAAUUCGAAACGAUAAAUCUAAUAUGAUGAAACCCAUAACUUAUUUUGUUUAUUUCGUAAGACUAAACGUUCCUUCAAGGGGGUCGAUUCUGAGUUGUAUUAAAAGUCAUUUCAAGUGUAAGAUGGGAUAUAUUUUUGAUUCAAAUACAAGUUUUAGCCUGUGUUAAAAUAUAUAUUCUUAUUUAGUGCAAUUAAAUUAAAGAAAAAUUCUAAAGUUUACAAUAAAUUCACAUAGAUAAGAAAGUGUAAAAAUUAUUUUGGGGAUCUUGCUUAUCAGACAAUAAAAACAAUAUUUCGUAAAAAAUUACUUGUUCCGAAACACAAAAGAACGCUUGUAAGACUGCUGUUGUGUAUGAGAUUUAAAACUAUGUACCUAUCAUCCUGAAUUUUGUUGAAAUUUCAUUAAAUUUCAACAAGGUUUCAUGUGGCUUUGACAUUACAGUAAUGUUCCAAGUUUCUUAUGAUCAUUUGUUCCUUUACGAUAAUUAUAUGCACUUUAAUGCAAGGCAUAAGGUGACCAGUGGACAGCAAAAUUAGCGGGGCACAGUUUGCUUUCAGGAAGACACUUAAUUAAUCAAAACUUUGCAGGAGCUGCUUUUAGACAGGAACCAUAACUUUUAAGAGAAAAUAUAAGCGCUGUAUAUACGCGUCUAAGAUAAGUGCUGGAUAACAGAAUUAAAAGUCGAACUCGUGGUUUGUUCUGACAUUUCGUGGGUCCUAAAGAACAAUAAAAGAGUUUUGUUGUUGAAGAAGAAAGAAGAUGGCUGAGGAAUUCCUUCAUUGUAUCAGAUUUAUCCAAUCAGUGUCUGAUUUUCAGCAUCUGUUGGGAAAUACGUCAAAAACGAAAUCAAAUUAGAAACUAGCCCUCAUUGGAGAAAUAGUUACGCCACUUCCCGACUGUAAUGAGACUGUUUAAAAGAGAAUUUCACAUUAAACUUUUGUAAUAGAUGUUUUCAUGGUUCAUAGACUUUAAUGUCAAUAUCCGUUGAAGUGUUGCAAUUUUUGUUUUGUUUUAGCGUCUUUUUUUUUGUAGUGGUUUGUCACUUGUUUGUACUUCCUGUUCGCAUGAAACAAAAGAGAAUCACUGUUGUAAAUUCAGACAACAAUUCCAAUUCCCGUAAAGUGCCAAAACCCGUGUGUAAGGGAUACGUCCACACCGAACCCACUCUGUAUUAACCUCUCAGUGCAUGAGUUAUUACGAAAGGAAGCAUUAUUGGUCCAUGUCCCGUAUAAUUUCAAUGCUUCUUUUUCGUGAAAACAUUUCCACGUCAUACUGGAUAUCACUAUGUUAAAAUUGUUUGUUUUAUCUGUGUUUUACCAAUGCAUGGCACUACAAACGACUGAUCGUUUGCGAUGAAAUGCAAAUAUUAUAUUUUGGUAUGAAAUUUCGAUCAUCUGUACAGUGUAACAGCAAACAACUUAAUUUUUAAUAUAUAUUAAUUAAAUAUAAGUUUUAAAUUAGU